UAAUUAUUUACAACCCCCUGCUAACUCAAAAACUAAGGGCCGUAGAAAUACACCGUAGGCGGCAAUCGAAAGCUCGUAACGAGGAGGAGGUUCAGAAUGAAAAAACAAUCUUCUUAAAAAAGCCGAUGUGAGCUUCCAAUUAGCAACAGACACUACUUCUUGAUGAUGUCUUCUUCGUGAUGAUCAACAUAAGAAUGAUGCGUCUGCUUCAGCAAGCCUUCGCUUGUUACCGCCGAAAAAGGGUUGUGCGUGUUCUGCUGCUGUUCUUCGCUGUAAGCGCAGCAACCAUUUAUAUUUGCUCUGAUCACCAAAUAAGUCUACAACAAUUCCUGUUGUCAUCCGACGUCUCCGGCACAGGAGGCGGCGACGGUACCGAGACGCUGGUGGUCCCCGUCAGCCGUCUGGUCGAGCCGUCACUGCCGACCCAGUCGUGGUUCGCCGGUGACCCGAGCUGCGCCCACCUGGUGACACAGUUCGGCCGGCCGGGCAGCCUGCCGGACGCCCGGCUCGCCUCGCUUCCCCGCUCGGGCAACACGUGGACGCGCUACCUGCUGGAAGCGGCCACCGGUCUGGUCACCUGCGGACCCACGAAGGACGCAGAAAUGGCCGAGGAGCUGCCAGCUGGAGCCCUACCGGCCGCUGCCGAUAUUAUCGACCAACAACAGUCGGCGACCACCUCGACAGAGCUUCGCGCUGCCGGCUUUAUAGCUGAACAUGUGUCCCCGUUAACACGCACUUGUCUCGUUGGUAAGACACACGAGAUUCCGCCUGCCUGGCGUUACGUGGAAGGAGAAGAAGAGGCUGAUUAUAACGAAAUUGGCAAUGACUCUGGCAACACAGACAACGCGACCAGCGUCGGCUACCAACUGCCAGCAAUUCUGCUCGUGCGAGACCCGUUCCGAUCCAUCAUAUCCCUGCGACACCUGCAAGCUCAUGCCAGAAUGCUGGUGACUGAGAGCCGUGCUACCGCCGAGGCCUUUUCGGGGGACGACUGGCGCCAGUACGUGGAGCGGAAGAGCCGCCUCUGGUUUAUACUAGCCGACGAGUGGGCCGAGGGGCCGCGGCACACGCUGCUGGUGUCCUACGAGCGGCUGGUGGCUGAGCCGGCCGUCCAGCUGCGCCGAAUGCUGCACUUCCUGGGCGUGACCCCGGCGCCAGAGAGACUCGGCUGCACGCUGAGACACAAGGAGGGCGCCUUCAGGAACACUGAGCACCCUGUGCUGCCUAGCGAGGACGUCUAUGAUGCCGAUUUGCGCCGGAUGGUUUGGGAGAGAAUUCGGUUACUGGAUGACACUUUAGCCAGUCGUGGCUACCAGAGACUUCCAUUGCAAUCGUAUGCGUUCUACCAGCCUUAGAACUUAGAGCACAAGGUUUCAAACGAUUAGAUUUACUACAUGUGCUUAUUGUGACAAAAUCAAUGCCUCGACCAAGUUGUAUGCCUUGAUGAGCCUUGUUGCCGAUGACAGCAGUGAGAAAGUGCGAAUUCUAACCGAUGACGAGGGAAAUAUUACAAACGCUAUAUCUCAACUGGAUCUCAGUGUGCAGUGCCUAUCCACCUACAUUUCAGAACACCAUAUCUUUAUUUGUGGUCGCUGCGCUCUCAUUCCUUUCAUUCGCUCGGCUUUGUUGUAACUUGCUUUCUUCCGUGCGCCUUUCACGCCAAGACCCGAGGGGAGCCCGAGGCAGUGAUUGUGCCCGUCUGACCAGAGACCUCCACAUAGGUUGGUACAAGUGACCUUAAUUUUAAAUAUAACUUUUUGGCUCCUA